UUUACCUACAUUUAUUUGCCGCAGUGCGCUAGUAAAAGUGUUUUGUGACUUAGGUUAGGUAAGCUAAGUUAUUGUAUUAUUUUUAUUAGAAUUUAUUGACUAACUUCGUCAUGGACGGAAUUUCGUUGUACAACGCUUUUAUAGCAUUACAUAAACCUCAGCUGAUGCUAUCAGGUGUACCGGAACAAUUUUGGUACACACUCUGCAAAAAACUAAACAAUCAAAUAUUCGACUCGGGAUUAUCGUUUCAGUUAGUACAGAUCGAUUACGAAGAUGUAGAAAAGAAACCAUAUGAUCCCCUGUGGAGUGUGAUUGCAAUACGUGAUAUUGAUCAAGCAGAUUCUAGUCAUAUAUAUUUAAUUGAUCAUGCCUGGACAUUUAAAGCAAAUAAUAUCAAAAGAAGCCUUCAAAAUGUGCCUGGUCUUUUACAAAGGAUGUGUAACUUAAUGGGUAUAACUUGUAACUUAGUUGAUGAACAAAUUGAUGAAGUUUCUAAGCAGAUAUGGAAGUAUGCAAAUACUUAUUCAGUUGCUGGAAAUGAAUUAUCAGCAGAAGAUAGAGUUCCUGUAUGGUACAUAAUGGAUGAACUAGGUUCAGGGAUUACUCAUUCAGAUGAUCCCAACUUCCGGGCUGUACCAUUUAUUCAUAUUCCAGAACAGAUUACAUACACACUCUUGUUUCCUACAAAGUUUACUGAAGAAGGUGAAACAAUAACAAGGGAUUUUGUUGAAGCCCAAUAUCACAAUCCACUUCAAAGAGAAGCAAUGCUAAUUCCAUGGAAGUGCUAUGAACAUUUUAAUGAGUUAUUUGAACAAGAGGAACCUAACAAGAAGUACUUUUUGGAGGGCCAUAUAGUUGAAUCCUUACCAGAUUUGGACAAAGUAUCUAGUAGAAAUGUCACAAACAAUCCUUUGAAAGUGUUCUCAGAAUAUGAUAUUAUAAAUGAGCAUCUUUCAUCACCAGACUUUGAAAUUGUUGACAAUGAAGCUGAGGCGGACAUUCUGUGGUACUUAGGUCAUUUCAAAGAAUAUGAACAGUUGAGCAUUAAUUCACCCAACAAAUUUAUUAAUCAAUUUCCAUUUGAAUAUGUUAUAACAAUUAAAGAUUUGUUAGCUAUUAUUGCAAGGAGGUGCACAAGUAAUAAAACUAAUGAUAAAAUUUUUGAAACAAGCCCCAUUUGGUUUCCUACAACAUUUAAUAUGAAGACUGAACUACCAAAUCUAGUAGCUUAUUACAUGCAAAGGAAAAAGCUUCAGUUCAAUAACCAUUGGAUUUGUAAGCCAUACAAUCUAGCAAGAGGAUUAGAUACAUAUAUAACUGAUAACUCAGACUUUCUUUGUAGAUUGCCAUUAACAGGGCCAAAAAUUGCCCAAAAAUAUAUUGAAAAUCCAGUUCUCUUUCAACGGCCAAACAUUGGAGCUGUAAAAUUUGAUGUGAGAUAUGUUAUACUUUUAAAAUCAGUAAAUCCUACUGAGGUUUACAUUUACAAUAACUUUUUCCUAAGAUUUUCUAAUAAGGCAUUUGAACUCAAAGAUUUUGAAGAUUAUGAAAGACAUUUUACUGUUAUGAAUUACACUGAGGGGGUUUCACUCUUUCGACUAUUAUGUGAAGAUUUCAAAACUGCUUGGUCUGAACAAUAUCCUUCCUAUGAUUGGACCAAUAUUGAAAAAUUAAUUCAAGAUAUGUUUAGGGAAUUGUUUAUAGCAGCAACAUCUAAACAACCUCCUUUGGCCAUUGCUAAGAGUCCUCAAUCUAGAGCACUUUAUGCUGCCGAUAUAAUGCUUUCUUGGCAUCAAAAUGGUGAUCAAAAAAGCAUUCAGCCUAAAUUACUGGAAGUAAAUUGGAUGCCUGACUGUAAAAGAGCUGCAGAAUAUUACCCAGAUUUUUAUAAUGAUGUAUUUUCAGUAUUAUUUUUAGACAAAGAUGUAGACAGUUGCACUAAAAUCAUGUAAAUGAAGCUUGUUUGUUUAUUGUUUAGUUGGAAAUAAAAUGACAGAUAUUCUUCAGUAUUUAUUGGAA